CAAUGUGUCAAUCUACACAGGAAGCCUGUCCGACCCUAGUGCAGCUGUAAGCAAGCGGGUCGGAUCUGCUGGCUAAAUUGACAGCUGCUGCAGAAAGUUACAUUGUAGCGCAGAGCACAAUGACAGUCAUGAGGACAAUUCAAACACGAAGCAACAAUCGAGAGAUCAGAGCCAGUCAAGAGUUCAAGUCAACGCAGUUCUUUAAUGCCAGUGAGGUAUAUAGAUUACGUUUUUGUCCAGUAACAACGAGCAAGAGACUAGAUCAUUUCCGGGGUUGGUUCUAGGUCGAAAAUAUAUUAUAAUUGCGAGCUCUACCCGGAAAGAAGCCACAGCGGUGUUCGGGUGCUGCACACAUACAUUUCAGAUGUGAGGCUAUGUCAUGUAAACUCAGAGUAACAGCGGAUUUAAACUUCCAUUUACCCUGGUGAGACGCGUUUUACUCUUCCACUUCGGACGCACUGGCGCACACUGACCAGUUAAAACGGUGAUGUGGUAGCAGGCAGCAGUAUGCCGUACUUGGACAGACAGAACCGUGUCUGUGGCUUUCUAGACAUCGAGGAGAAAGAGGGCAGCAACCGCUUCCAGAGACGCUAUUUUAUACUGGACACACAGGGCAACACACUGCUGUGGUACAUGGACAACCCCCAGAACCUGCCCAGUGGAGCGAAUGCAGUCGGGAGUCUGCAGCUGACAUAUAUCUCCAAGGUGAGCGAGGCCACGGGGAAACAGAAGCCCAAGACUGAGUUCUGCUUUGUGAUCAAUGCAGUAUCUCGGCGGUAUUUCCUCCAAGCCAACGAUGCUGCUGACCUCAGAGACUGGGUCAUUGCUCUCAACAAAGCCACCAAGAUCACUGUCCCGAAAGCUAGACCUCUCCAGCCAAGGACAGAGGUUUCUAUGGUAACCGGUGAGGCAGGGGUUAAGAGGCAGGCCUAUAAGACUGAGAUCAUCGGGGGAGUGGUGGUGCACACCCCCAUGUACCAGAAUGAGGGGGAGGAGAUGGAGGUAGGGGACAGGAAGGUCAACGCUGUAGGCAGUAGACCAGGCGUGCUGAGGUGUGGCUACUGUGUCAAACAGGGUAACAUGAGGAAAAGCUGGAAAAGGCGUUUCUUCAUGCUGGACAACAAUUCUGUCAGUUACUACAAGUGUGAGACGCAUAAGGAGCCGCUAAGAGCGGUUCUUCUGCGAGACAUUCAGAAGGUCCAUGAAUGUCUGGUCAAAUCUGGGGACCUGCUGAUGAGGGAUAACCUGUUUGAGAUUAUCACCAGCUCUAGGGUUUUCUACAUCCAGACAGACACUCCAGAGGACAUGCAGGGCUGGAUCAGAGACAUUGAGGGGAAGAUACAGGACUUCAGAGGCCCGGGCAAGAGCUCUGCAUUCACACGUGCCUCCUCCUCUCUGUAUUGCCAUGGUAACUCCUCCCACCAACCCUCUGUUGUCCGUGAUCGUCAGGGAGAUGACAAGAGACCCCAUUUAGUGAAGUCAUGUUCCGUGGCCCCGGGGUGGCAGCCCUGGACCCCCGUACCCCAAAGAGAGGCUCCCGCACUGGGCAUACUAGAUAAGGACGGUCCCUUUCGCUCUCUGCUGCCCAGCCUCUCCUCUCUCUCUCUUUCCACCUCCUCAUCUUUAUCCUCCCUCCCCACUCCCACCCCACAGGGGGUCUCAGCUCCAGCCAGUGGUGUGGGGGUCCCAGUCUGCCCAGGCCCCAUAGCCCCAGGGCCCUCCAGCAGCCGGAGGAGACACCGCUCUCAGCCUCAGCCCACCACAGACCGCAGCUUCCCUUUCAGCCUGGACCAUGAUGGCAUCCGCACCACCGACGUCUAGAACCAACCACGUCUAGACCAACAGAACUCUGGAUCCAACAAUAUGUGGAACCACCAACAUCUAGAACCAAAAUCUAGAGCAACAAUGACUCUUGAUUGAGUGCCUUUCCCUUUGAAAGACUAAACCUUCCCUCCCCCAGCCACUCUCCUUUGAGAGUUCCAUAGGCCUGCUGCUUUGGCUGCGGCUGCUGUGGGCUGUUUGCUAAAGUAGCCCCCCCAUCCAACUCUCUCUCUGGAGGCCUGUGGCCCCCUGUUGGUGGGGGAGGGUAGUGAUGCAAAUUGGUGUUCAUGGAUGUGUUCUCUCAGUGAGGGGUGUGUUAGUAGUGGCUGUGGGCUUCUGGUAUAAAGGGUUAUUCGGAGAGACUGGGAGGGGUUAUCAGUGUUGGAGUGUCUGGUAGACUGCGAAGGGUUAAGUUAUGUGUUGUACGAUUUCCUCUUAAAACCUGAAUGUAGUUCUCCCAUGUACUGAGAUGAAGGAAGGUUUGUAUUGUGUUGGAGCCUGGUCUGUCUACCAAAUACCCUCUAAUAGUAUUAGUCAGCUGGUCUUUUACCUGUAUUAACUAAAUCUAAAGUGUGUCCCAAUUGGCACCCUAAUUCACUAUAUCAUGCAGUACUUUUUUACCAGAGCCUUAUGGGCCCUAGUCAAACACUAUAUAAUGAAUGUGGUGCCACUGCCAAUUUGGACGCAACCCAAGAGUCCCAUUCAAUCCAUCACCUGGUCAUAGAAUAGUGACGAUGUUCGUGUCUGUGGCUCUGCUUGUCUCUAGACAAUGUUGUUCCCUUGUUAGACUAAAUCCAAUUGCAUUAAAUCGGUACAUCAGCAGUGCAUUUUAUGGUAUUUCUGCACACUUUUCCGCUAGCCUUGUUCUCUUGCUCGAAUGCAAAGGAUUUACUACUCCAGAGGGAGUGGAAAUAUUUUGGGUGUCUCAGAUUGUUCUAGCAAUUCUCACAUUGUAACUUCAUUAGGAGGAACGAUGUUUGACAUGCUUUUUACAUUUGUAUCACAAACAAUUAUUUUGAUAAAAGUGGCCAUUUUUAGACCUAUACAUUAUGACUGGGAUGAUACCAGUAUCGCGAGGAAACAAAGCACGAAGCAGAUUUAACUUCUUUAGGAAAACAGCAAUAACGUUGGAAACAAACAUCAGGUUGUCAUCCAGAGUCACAUUUAUUCAUUUUCCAAGCUGAAGCACACUAUUUUACAUACAGCAGGUUUUUAAAGGACCGAAGAGUUUGGUCUACUUUGUGUUUUGCCAUCGACGGAUUAUCACAAUACUGCCCUAUGAUCUGUGAACCGUACAUGAUACAAACAACAUCUGGGUGUCAUUAUACUCCUUAUAGUGUUCUCUAACAUAUGGAGUAUGUCUAGAUGCUGAAAUACUCAUUUUCACAUUCAUAUCUCAAAACUACCCUUUGAUUUAGCUUUCUUUCUAUUUUUACAUAUAGUUUGUGACACUCUUCAAACAAGUAAACAUUUCCAGAUUGGGCUCUCUCUAGUACUUUUCACUAUAUGACCCAUUUUAUACAUAGAAAUUGACAUUAUAGAUCAUUAAUCAAUCCCAGCCCUACUGUAGGAUGCAUAUUCAGCAAGUCACCAGCAGAGGAAGUUCCGUUUGAAUCGAUUUUCCCAUAAAAUAUUAUCAGAGAGCCCACAAUGAUUUACUUGCAGAGCAGCUGUUCCCAAACUAGGGGGCGCACCAACAUUUUGUGGGGGUGUACGGGACCUUACUUGAUUAAAGGUCUCAUUCUUAUUGUUUUUUUUAUUCUUUACAAUUCACAAUUGUUUAAACCAAUCUAAAACAACUCAUAAAUCCGCAAU